CGUGGGAGGAGACGGGGAGGUGUACAGCGCAGCCAUGCCGGAUCCACGGUACGGGCAGACCUCAGGGGAAGUGAAGAGCCUCGCCGCGAGCGGCGGAUGCGAGGAUCGCCGCUGAUCGGAGUCGGGAGUGGGACCCGCGAGGACGACCGGCCAAGGGGUUGUUGGGCCGCCGAUGGUAAUGGGCUAAUUUAUAGCAUGCUAAGUUCAUGCUUUUCGUUAGCCCAGGCCCACUAAUGCUUUCACCAUAUGAGCAUGGAAAACGGGAUCUGGGCUCCCGCCACCCACCACCACCUGUGAUGCCCGAUGCCGGCCACCGCCACGGUACAGCGCCGCCGCCGCCGCCCGAAGAAGUUUCCCUACAAGCCAAAGCCCCCGCCGGAGCCGCACCCUUUCCUCCUCCACCUCAAGUCCCUUCCUUCGCCCGUGGCCGCCGCGGCCUCGCUCCUCUCCGCGCCGCGCCACCUGCACGACCACCCUUUCGCGGCGUGCGUGCUGUACCGCCUCGCGCGCGCGCGGCUCUUCCCGCUCGUCCCGCCGCUCCUCACCGCGCUCCGCACCCUCCGCGUCCCGCUGCAGCCCACCGCGUUUGCCGCCCUCAUCGACCACCUCGGCGCCUUCUCCCGGCCCGACGCCGCGCUACUCGUCUUCCGCGCCGUCCCGGCCUUCUGCUCCCACUCCAACGCCACGUUCCACGCCCUCCUCCACUCCCUCGUCUGCAACGGCCGUGUGGACGCCGCGCGGGACAUGCUCCCGGAGGCCCCUAAGCUCGGCGUCCGGACCAACGCCGUCUCCUACAACAUCAUUCUCAAGGGCGUUUGCCACCGGGACGGGUUCUCGGGCGCCCGCGUGGUGCUCGACGAAAUGCUCGCCCGCGGCCUGCGCCCCACGGUGGUGACGUUCAAUACGCUGGUCGGGUCGGCGUGCCGGGAAGGGGAACUGGCCGCGGCGGAGCAGCUCAUGGACGAGAUGGCGCGCCGGAGUGUGCCACCGAACGCCGUGACGUACGCCCUGUUAAUGCAGGGGCUCUGUGACGCCGGGCGGUACGAUGACGCCAAGAAGCUCUUGUUUGACAUGGAGUACCGAGACUGCCAGCCCGAUGUGACGAACUACGGCGUGCUGAUGAGCGCGUGCGCGGCAUGCGGGGAUGCCGGCGGCAUUAGGGGUCUGAUCUCCGACAUGCGCAAGCGGAAGCUGACACCUGACGACGCGAGCUACAACGUCCUGAUCAAGUGCCUCUGUGACGCCGGCAAGGUCGACGAGGCACAUAGGGCGCUGGUCGAGAUGCAGCUCAAGGAUGGCACCGUGCCGAGCGCGGCCACCUACCGCGUCCUCCUCGACGGGUGCUGCGAAGCGCGCGACUUCGACCUGGGUCUGCGGGUUUUCAACGCUAUGCUGGCGAGCGGCCACUGCCCUCUGGCUCUCACGUUCAGACGCCUGGUGAGAGGGCUCGGCGAGGACGGCAAGGCAGAGGAGGCCUGCUUUGUCUUGGAGCAGAUGGGGCAGAGGGGGAUGCGGCUGGAUGCACAAGGGUGGCAGUCUGUUGCUGCAUGCGUUUGCAGCAGCAGCAGCGCAACUGAGAUGAACCUCAUCAAUCACCUGGUGUCAUCACCAUCUUGAUACUCAGUUCGAGCGUCAUUGUUUUGUUGUAUUUGAUUUUGAUAAUCCUCAGAAGGCAGCCACUGAAUGUUAGAAUCUAUCUUAGUCUAAGACAUCAUCUCCCUUUUUGACCCAGGAUCUUGUUUAGUACUUCAAGACGGUAAAUUAGUAAUUAUUACCAAAGUGAAA